AUAACAAAAAUUGGGCUUGCGUUGUUAUUAGACUCAACACGAAGAAAGGAAUAAAUAACAGUUGAGUUGAGGAGGUAGGGCCGUAGGAACUGAAGGAAGGAACGGAAGGUGUGACAGUGUGUUGUGAAAACAUGGGGAACAAAUUUCAUGCAGUGGUGUUGUGUUUGUUGUUGUCAACUCUUUUGGUUUGUGCGGUUUCUUUUGCAUCCAAUGAUGGACUGCGAAGAAUUGGACUCAAAAAGAUUAAAUUGGAUCGUAACAACAAGCUUGCUGCUGGAAUCAGAUCCAACAAGCUGGUUGAAACUGAAGAAACUGAUAUUGUUGCGUUAAAGAAUUACUUGGAUGCUCAGUACUAUGGUGAAAUAGCAAUUGGAAACUCUCCUCAAAAGUUUACUGUCAUUUUCGACACUGGUAGCUCUAAUUUGUGGGUUCCAUCCUCUAAAUGUACCUUCUCGGUUGCAUGCUACUUCCACGCCAAGUACAAGUCCAGGCAAUCAAAUACUUAUAGGAAAAAUGGGACUGCUGCUGCAAUUCAAUAUGGCACUGGAGCAAUUUCUGGUUUCUUUAGUUAUGACAGUGUCAAAGUUGGUGACAUAGUUGUAAAGAACCAGGAAUUUAUUGAAGCAACUAAGGAGCCUGGUGUUACUUUUCUGGUGGCCAAGUUUGAUGGUAUAUUGGGACUUGGGUUUCAAGAGAUAUCAGUUGGAUAUGCUGUUCCAGUGUGGUACAAUAUGGUUGAACAAGGUCUUAUUCAGGAACCAGUAUUUUCAUUUUGGCUUAACCGUAAACCAGAGGAAGAGGAAGGGGGCGAGAUUGUUUUUGGUGGUGUUGAUCCUGCUCACUACAAGGGAGAGCACACUUAUGUUCCUGUGACAAGAAAAGGAUAUUGGCAGUUUGAUAUGGGAGAUGUAAUUAUUGAUGGUAAAUCCACUGGAUAUUGUGCUGAUGGCUGUUCGGCCAUUGCAGACUCAGGGACUUCUUUGUUGGCAGGUCCAACGACUGUAAUUACCAUGAUAAACCAAGCAAUUGGAGCAUCAGGCGUUGUAAGCAAAGAGUGCAAGACCAUUGUUGCAGAGUAUGGACAAACAAUAAUGAACUUGCUUUUAGCUGAAGCACAGCCAAAGAAGAUCUGUUCUGAAAUUGGAUUAUGCACUUUUGACGGGACUCAUGGUGUUAAUUUGGCUAUUGAGAGUGUGGUGGAUGAGAGUGAAAGAAAAUCUUCUGGCGGUCUUCAUGGUGCUUCUUGUUCUGCUUGUGAGAUGGCAGUUGUUUGGAUGCAGAACCAGCUGAGCCAGAAUAAGACCCAAGAUCAGAUACUAACCUAUAUCAAUAACCUUUGUGAUAAAAUGCCUAGUCCAAUGGGAGAAUCAUCUGUUGACUGUGAGGAUAUCUCUUCGUUGCCUGUAGUUUCCUUCACAAUUGGUGGAAGAACUUUUGACCUUGCUCCGGAGGAGUACAUACUCAAGGUGGGCGAAGGUCCUGCAGCUCAGUGCAUUAGUGGCUUUACUGCUAUAGACAUUGCUCCUCCACGUGGCCCUAUCUGGAUCCUUGGAGAUAUCUUCAUGGGGCGUUACCACACAGUAUUUGAUUUUGGUAAAUCAAGAGUUGGAUUUGCUGAAGCAGCAUAGAGAAUGAUCUCGUCUCAAAGACCAGUCUUAUUUGCUAUCUAUUUGCGUAUGCUGGCAAUCAUAAUGCACCCUAAAUUAUGUAUAUAAUCUAAGGGUUGUCUUUGCACCAAAAAAAGAAAACUAAGGGCUGUCCGGACAAAACAGCUUCACAGAUUUAUGUGGGACUAUGGCCGUAUUGGGUCCCUAGAUUAUUUAGUAUGCCGUUUUAGUAUGACAAUGGUAUAUCUUGCAAACCAAACAUUAUCAAAUGUCUUGUUAUAGCCAACAAAAUAACAUCACGAAUUCGAGUGAUUGCAUAGUUUACCUCAUUAAUUCAUGUAAAAAAUGGAUUAUAAAUUAAUGCAAACUAUAAUUGAAUA